CACAACAGUGAACCAGAGCAGCCGGGAAAUCGACAAACCGUACCAGAGUUUUUUUUUGCUUUCCCUUCCACACUUGCAAAUUACGGCACCUGUGAAAAGUAGUUCACCCGAAUUUUUAGAACUUAAACGCACUGUUGUGGGCAGCAAUAGUCGGAUCUCGUUUCCCCGUCUCGGAGUUCCGUUCCAACUUCCAAUUCAUUCCCCAUCGGCCUAUCAGGCGGCCACCAAGGAGAAGACGAAAGAAACCUCCUAAGCGGUCCCGGAAGCGAAGAUAACUAGAGCAGAAUACCCUUGUAUAAAUAGAGAGAUAGAGUGGCGACGGUGUUUUGAUUGUUCCAGCCAUGAAUUCCAGAAGGGACAUCCGGAACAACAGAACUGCACUUUUUGAUGGAAUUGAGGAGGGUGGUAUCAGGGCUUCUGCUUCUUACUCCCAUGAAAUUGACGAGCAAGAUAAUGAAAGUGCUCUUGAAGGUUUGCAAGACAGAGUCAGUCUCCUGAAGCGGCUAUCUGGUGAUAUAAAUGAAGAGGUGGAAGGCCACAACCGCAUGCUAGACAGAAUGGGCAACGAUAUGGAUUCAUCCCGAGGAGUCCUAUCAGGAACAAUGGAUCGUUUCAAGAUGGUGUUUGAAACAAAAUCAAGCAGGAGAAUGCUCACGCUAGUCGCAUCAUUUGUGGCAGUAUUCCUCAUUGUAUACUAUCUUACUAGGUGAACAAGAUUGCAGGAGCCCUCAGCCUAUUUUGUAUUGUUGUUACAACAUGCAUAUCCUUCCAGACUGCUUUAUAGUUUUCAGCUUGCAAUACAUAAACGAAUUCGUGGAUGCUGGUUGGCCGUAAAAAGUUUGUUUGCCUCGUGUUUAUGUUAAAUCAUCCAUCGUGUAAAAAGUUUGUUUGAAAGGGACAUACUGUUUUUCUCAUUGAAGUCAUCUUAGCAGGUGGGGAUGUCUAGGGCCUAGGGGUGUUAAAUUAGUGUGGUAACCGUUUUAACCGGCAGUAUUUGGUUAAUUGAGAUAAUUAGUUUGGUU